GUGUCAUGUGUAUGUAUUUAUUUGGAACCGGCAUCGAAAUUAGCUAGCCAAAAUUUAUAUUAAUGCUGAAUAUUUACAAAGUACCUUUCAUAACUUGUUUGGUAAUGGGUCGACAAUCACAAGUAGAACAGCAAUAUUUUAGCCCCAAGGUUGAGUACGUUCUAAUCCUUGAUAAGCUUAGAGAUGAGUUCAAUAAGAAAUACGCGAAGAAUGUACCAUCGCCAUCAACUGGUCUCGACAAUUAUGUGGUCAAGAUAACGCUCGGUGCGGGCUCGUUCGGCAAGGUGCAGUUGGUUAUGGAUAAGGAAACGAAAAUCUAUUAUGCUUCCAAGCAGCUGAGCAAGGAUCAAAUACUGAAGACCAAGCAAGUCGGGCAUCUGAUGAGUGAAAAGCGAGUGCUUACCGCUAUGCAUUUUCCAUUCACCCUAAAUCUGAUUGCUUCAUUUAAGGAUUUCGAUAGUUUGUAUCUGAUACUACCAUUUUGUGCGGGCGGCGAGCUCUUCACCUAUCAUCGCAAAAUGCGCAAGUUUAGUGAAAAGCAAGCUCGUUUCUAUGCGGCGCAAGUAUUCUUGGCUUUGGAGUAUUUGCAUCAUUGUAGUUUGCUUUAUCGUGAUCUGAAGCCAGAGAAUAUAUGUAUUGAUCGUACUGGCUACCUAAAGGUUACAGAUUUUGGUUUUGCAAAAAAAGUGGAAACUCGCACAAUGACGCUUUGCGGUACGCCGGAGUAUUUACCGCCGGAGAUAAUACAGUCGAAGCCGUACGGCACUAGCGUGGACUGGUGGGCGUUUGGUGUGCUUAUUUUUGAGCUAGUUAACGGUAAUUCGCCCUUUGCGGCGCACAAUCGUGACGUCAUGGUGAUGUACAAUAAAAUAUGUGAGGCAGAAUAUAAAAUGCCCAGUUCGUUUAGCUCAUCCUUGCGACAUCUUAUCGAUCAUCUACUGCAGGUGGACCUAUCCAAGCGCUAUGGCAAUUUAAUUGGCGGCAAUCGGGAUAUCAAGGAGCAUGAGUGGUUCAAGGAAAUUGAUUGGAUACCUAUUCUAAAUCAAACAAUUCAAGCACCUUAUGUCCCAAGCCUUGUGGGUCCUGACGACACCUCGCACUUUGAUAAGCAUACGGAGGGUAAACCGAAGCCAAAGGCCAAAACCAUGCGACAUGAAGAAGCCUUUGCUGAUUUUUAGCCUCUUGUAUGCAUUUCCUUGUACUUAGAUUGCAAUGCGAUAAGUUCUUUUUUUGGUAUUU